ACCAAAAUUUAGUUACUCCUUUAAACUCUACGGAAAGGAGCAUUCAACAUUACAACAUUAGUCACAGCUCAGAGCCGUCUUCUAAUUCCUUAAUCAUGCUCGACGUUUUAGAUUUCAUCACCGAGAGGGGUGGCAACCCUGAGAAGAUCCGCGAGUCUCAGCGCCGCCGAUAUGCCAACGUUGAGGUGGUCGACGAGGUAAUCGAGAUGUUCGAGGACCAUCGUAGAACUCAAUAUGCCGCGACUCAGAUAAACAGCAAGAUCAACGAAGUACAAAAGCAGAUUGGUGCUAAGAAGAAGGCCAAGGAGAAUGCCGAUGAACUACUUCAGCAGAAGGCCGAUCUCGAGAAGGAGAAGAAGGCGCUUAUCGAGUCGGCUGCCCAGAAGGAUAUUGCGCUAAAAGCCAAGAUCAACACCAUAGGCAACAUCGUCCACGACUCCGUCCCUGUUAGCGAUAACGAAGACAACAACGCUGUCCAGCGAACGUGGGCACCGCCGGGCGUUACGGUAGAGAAGAAAAACGUGCUAUCCCACCACGAGGUUCUCCUGCGACUGGAUGGUUACGACCCAGACCGCGGAGUCAAGGUCGUCGGCCACAGAGGUUACUUCUUAAAACGAUGGGGCGUGUUCCUCAACCAGGCUCUUAUCAACUACGGUCUUGAAUACCUCACGAACAAGGGUUUUACUCCCCUGCAGACCCCCCAGUUCAUGCUUAAGGACUACAUGGCGAAGACGGCUCAGCUAGAGCAGUUCGACGAGGAAUUAUACAAGGUAGUCGACGGCGAUGCGCAGAACGACAAAUACCUCAUCGCAACCUCGGAGCAGCCCAUCUCCGCCUUCCACGCGGACGAAUGGAUCAUAGCGAAAGAGCUGCCGAUCAAGUAUGCCGGAUUCAGCACGUGCUACAGAAGAGAGGCAGGCUCCCACGGUCGUGACGCUUGGGGUAUCUUCCGUGUUCACCAGUUCGAGAAGGUGGAGCAAUUCGUGCUUACGGACCCCGAGAAGUCGUGGGAAAUGUUCGAAGAGAUGUUCACAACUUCGGAGGAAUUUUACAAGUCGCUGGGCUUGCCGUACCAAGUCGUAGCGAUCGUCUCGGGGGCGUUGAACAACGCAGCCGCGAAGAAGUUCGACCUGGAAGCUUGGUUCCCCUUCCAAGGAGAGUACAAGGAGCUCGUGUCGUGCUCGAACUGCACCGACUACCAGUCACGCGCCCUAGAAAUACGGUUCGGUACCAAGACGCAGACAGAUGCAAAGAAGAAAUACGUCCACUGUCUCAACUCGACACUCUGCGCCACCGAGAGAGCGUUGUGCUGUAUUCUCGAGAACCACCAGACCGAAGAUGGUCUCCGAGUUCCCGAGCCGCUGCGCAAGUACCUCCCAGGCGCUCCCGACUUCAUCCCUUUUAGCAAGGAACUACCUAAGGACACAACUUCGCAAAAAGCCAAGGGUAAGGGAGAUAAAGGUGUAAAGCAAAAGGCGGCUGGUGCGGGAGCCGCAGUUGCGGAAGCUGGCGAGAAGCUUAAGGGUUUGGCGGUAUAAUUUGAAUGAAUGAAAUAUCGACGGGUUCGGGAUGCCGAGGAAUGCGAUGCGUACUAUCUCAUUACAGGUAAUGCAGUUAGGAGUUGCAUUUGGGGGGAAGAUAUCCAGGUCUAAGUGCAUCUGCAUCUCAUGCUAUGGCACUUAGAUAGUAUAGUAAAAAGAAGAGUAACAGCCAUGCGUUUGGCGAGCUAGCGUAGCAGCACCGAUACUGAUUGACGCCUCAUGCGAUAACGGAAUAGAGACGAAGAUAACUCAUGACAAACAAA